CGGAAAGAACAGAACCAAAAAAAAAAAUAUAAAACUUGUUGAAAUUUAUGUGGACAUGGCUAUUUUUGUAGAAAUGAUUUGCUGUUAAUCUUAUUUUUCGAUUCAUACUUAAAGUAAAAUGGGUUGUGCUCAAAGUGAAAUUUCACCCCAAAAUGAAGCUCCAAAAAAAGGUUGCACUGACGUACUUUGGCUGAUUAUUUACAUAAUUUUUUGGAUCCUAAUGAUUAUAGUAGCUGCUAUUUCCUUUGUAUACGGGAAUCCGCAAAGACUAAUCAAUGGCUAUGACUCUUUUGGCAAUACUUGCGGGGUUAAAAGUAACAAAAAAUUGAUCAACUUUCCAUUAGCUGGGAUUAGUACAGCUGACAAGAAUUAUUUAUUUUUUAUGGAUGUUAAACAAUUAAGACGCUCACUGAAAAUAUGUGUGAAACAAUGCCCUAAUAGAAAAUUGGAGACUUUCAAUGAUUUACAGGAUUUUUACAGACAAACUGGAUCAAGUCUAUGUAGAUAUGACAUUAAUUUAAACAAUGUAACAAACAACAAGGACCUUCACAAUUUUAUAGGCCCUUGUCCUACACUGCCAGUAUAUGACUCCUUUCCACUUCUCAAUAGAUGCUUCCCUAAAUCUGCUCAGGAUUUAGCUAAGAAAGUUUUAAAUAAUUUUUAUGACCUACUGAAUACCUGGGAUAAUGUUGAACAAAUGUUAUCUGAUAUUUAUUCAGCUUGGAAGGAAAUGAUUAUCUGUGUUAUUGUUGCAUUUCUUUGUUCAUUGGCGAUGGUGUCUAUACUUCACUUGCUGGCGACUUUGGUUUCAUUUAUAUUCAUGAUCAUAGUAUCCAUUGUGAGCAUAGCUGGAACUGCACUUUUGUGGUACACAUACCAUGAACUAAAGACAAAACAGAAAGAUUUCUCAGGCACUUCAUUCUUGGCUGAAUCAUUGAAAAACGAGAAGGCUUUCUUAUGGUAUGCCAUAAUCGCCACUAUUAUAACGGUGAUCUUAUUGCUGCUGGUGUUGGUGAUGCGUUCACGCGUAUCUUUCCUUGCGGCGUUGUUUAAGGAGACUGCUCACUGCCUUGGCUCUAUUCCAUCGCUGUUCUUGCAGCCUAUUAUAACCUUCCUAUUUUUGAUACUUUUCUUCACAUUUUGGUCACUUGUUGUAGUUUGUCUUGCCACAGCGAAUUAUCAAGGAAUUCCAUUCCAAACGAACUUUUUCAUAAAUGGAACCCCGUUGAACGAUCACGUUGACAACACAGCCGCACGAGUACAAGAGGUUAACAAAAGCGCUACUUUGAAAACUUUCACACUGGAUUCCGUGGAGUUUGAUCCAAUGUGGAUAAAGAGCAUGUGGUGGAUGUGCCUAAUUUGUUUGGUAUGGGGGAGCGAGUUCAUUCUUGGCUGUCAACAAAUGACCAUAGCUGGCGCUGUCUCACAUUGGUAUUUUAGGGGUCCCAACGCACAUUCUCCUGUUAUGUAUUCAAUCGGAAAACUGGUGAAGUAUCACUUGGGAUCGGUUGCUAAGGGUUCGUUCUUGAUCACCUUGUUUAAGAUUCCACGUCUAAUUCUCACAUAUUUACAUGCCAAGUUAUCAGCCAGAGCAGAGAGGGGAUCUAGCUGUGCUAAAUGUGGAUUGAAAUGUGGUAUCUGCUGUUUUUACUGCCUCGAAAAGUUUAUUCGUUAUCUGAACCAUAAUGCCUACACAAUCAUCACUAUUGAGCGGUGCCACUUCUGUAAAGCUGCUGCUAAGGCGUUCAGCACUAUAGUGAACAACGCUCUCCAAGUGGCUACGAUCAACAGCGUUGGCGAUUUCAUACUGUUCCUUGGGAAAUGUAUAGUGACCGGAGUUACUGGAAUUAUAGGCCUGCUAUUGCUCAAGCGGAACUCUGAUCUACAAUUCUUCGCCGCACCUACUCUCGUUAUAUGCGUGUUUUCGUUUUUCAUCGCACACUGCAUAUUGUCAUUGUAUGAGAUGGUUGUCGAUUCCCUAUUCCUGUGCGUGUGUGAAGAUCGCAACAUGAACGGUACAGAUGGUAGAUGGAAGAGUUCCCGUCUGGCCGAGUUAGGUGGUCACAAACGGGACACCGAACCCGACGGGCCAGAACUACAGGAUCUCCAAGAAAAGUAUUGAUCUCACAAACAUUAUUCGCUAUUGCUUCGUAUCAUCUUAACAUAACCUUAAAAUUGAACUUGACACGAAAAUAAAUUACAACGGUGUUCGAAUAGCGUCCGGACACGAGUUAUAAAGAAGAUAGCACUUCGGGUACAACAGAAAAGGGAAUGCUAUUGUAAUCAUAUAUUUAUACAAUAGUCAGUCAGCAAUUUUUCAAUUUGAUAAGUAUUUUUUAGGUAUAAAAGCAACUUCUGAUCCAGAAUCUACAAUGGUAACAAACUGAAACCCUUAUUAACCUAGUUUUAAACCUUCAGGACAAUCAAUGCCCAGAAAUCGUAUUUUUUGGCGCGAAAUUAUACUUUGAUAUUAUGGCUAAAAUAAAUUAUUAACAAAGUUUUUUUACGGUAGGCCUACAUGUGGCAUUACAUUUUCCUCACAUUUAUAGCGAUACAAAGCCUUUAGAGUAUUGGCACUAGAGUUAUUGUCUGUUUGUGCCUUAAAUAUCCAUGUAGCUUAUUCUGGUAGUACGAUAUAAGCUCUUACGUCAUGUCUGUUAGUAAAUUAUUAUUAUACCAACUAACAUACAGUAUAUAUCUCGAAUAACAAGCUUAAUAUACAUACCUAAGGCAUAUGCAAGUUGUUGCUUUCAUAACAUGCUUGCUAAUAUGGUUUUUAAAAUCUGACAAGGACUAUUCAACUUAUUCUAGUGUUUUAAUUUCACUUUAUUAUAUUUUAAACUUUAUAUGAAAUGAGUUAAAAAAAGCAAUUACAGUUUUGAAUAGAUUAGUUUCCUACGAAUCUGUUAUAUAAAUGAACUAAGCGACUCUAUAUAUUGAAUAAUUAUUCUAGAUUUUAUAUUUAUCUAUAACUGCAUGUAACAACAUUUACAUUAGGUAGACAUAUUGUUUGCCUUUUGGUGUUUUAUCCGUCACUUCAUGACUUUUACAAUCAUGUGUAGAACUUUGUUAGAAAGUGUUGCAUGUGCAUGCACAAAUUGAUGUUGUUUGUGAUAGUUUAUUGUGAUACAAUUUAAGCAAGGUAUUUUUAUAGAAACGUUACAAAUUAGCAUGGCAUUUCUGGGGUCCAGAGUUUCAAUUCCGUAAAUAAUAUAAAAGAAAUAUAUAUAUUCAUCAGAAGCCAGCAACAAUCAAUGGCUCUUUCACACAUUUUAUGAUGUCAUCAAAUUGGAUAUUACAUUUUUCACAAUACGGCAUAAUUUCUUUCACUCGGUUAUCUUUUUCAUAUUUCAAAGUUUAGGUACAGCUAGGUUUUAUGAUGCCCAAAAAAAUUGAUACAUAUAAUUUAUAAGUUUAUUGGACAGUGCUAACAUUUCAACAUGAUUCGGCUCCAAAACCAAUGAAUACCUAUAUCACGCAGUGUGAUUUAUGUACGAUUGAAUAAAUAUGUUGUCUACAGCUUUAAAGAGCAUAUGUGCUUGAAGUAAACCCUCACAAUGUGAGGAAACUAUAAUCAAUCAACAUUGAACACAAGUGAAAUGCACCCUAAGUGACAAUGACAACAGAUUAAUGUCAACUUUAUGAAAUGUAUACAUACUCAUUUUUUUCACAGAUGAAUCUCGCUCAUCGCUCGCGAUAUAAAGCAGAUGUGAAUGCUGAAUUAUUUCAUAAUUUUACGUGUAUUUUAAUAUUUAACUGCACAAGUGCAUGAAGUUCUUUUUAUUAUUUUACGCAGUACCUACAAUCGAAUAUACAUUUUACACUUUAUUUUUAAAUGAAAUAAUAAUCAGAUAUUUAUCAGUACAUACAAUCGAAUAUUAUACAUUUUACACUUUAUUUAUAACUGCAAUAAUAAUCAAACAUUUAUGUAUAUUUUUGUAACAGCAGUUUUUAUUUUAAGUUAGCAUUUAAGUAAGUUAAUCAAUUAGGCUAUGCUAUUUAGAUGUUUUAUAUAGCACCUGUUUAAUAUACCUACAUAUUUUUAUAUUAUAACUUUUACUAAUUUCUGUAACUCACGAGACUGUUUAUAUAAAAAGUGCAUAAUGUUAUUUUUUUUGUAAUACUAUUGCUAGAAGUUAUUUUUGCAUUCCAAUUUUAUUCGUAAACGAAUCUUUAGAUGUAACUCAGGUGAAGUGUUGAUGUGAAAAUCUCAUAAUAAUUAUUUUAUAAAGUAAGUUAUCGUAAUUUAUUAAGAUGUUGUUGUUACGGUUGUAUUUAAAUAAUCUUUGACAUAUUUUCAAUUUAGAAAUACUUAGUAUGACAGAUUAUUUUUCGGGUACUUUAUAGGUAUUAAGGACAAUGGGCAAAACACACCCAGCUCCGCCAACAAUGUUAUUAGUAUGAAUCGAUAGAUCUAUGAAAAAGUAGCCUUUUUAUUUUUACACCGUAAAAAAAUAUCCUGGUAGUCAAAAGA